GAUGAAUCUCGCUUUUUUCUUCCAUCUUCUCAAUUACAACGCAUCUUGAACUAUCUUCUUCCAAUCUUUGCUCUUUUUUAACACAACAAACUCAAACCCAAGCACAAUGUCUGACACUGGCCGACAAUCUCUUACCGACAAGGCUACUUCUUCCAUCAAGCCCGACUCUGAAAAGUCCUACGUUGAGCAGGCAUCCGACUUUGUCUCUGGCAAACUUGACUCUGCUGCGUCUGCCCUUCAACCUCAACAAGAGAAGUCCACUACUCAGAAGGUCGGAGAUGCUGUUUCUGGGGACAACAGGAACAGGGAUGUCGCCUAAAUGUAGUCGAUAUGAAUAGCAGAAAGAAAAUUGACAAGUGAUGAAGACCAUGUGACUGUUUAUUUAUCUG